UCAGUUCAGGGUGUACACCUUGAUGAAAGGUAAGGCCAGGAGUCGAGUUUGAAGGGUUGCUCGGCUGUUUUCAAGCGUGAGACUGGUGAAAGGGGGAGGAGAGAGGAGACUGACAUUUCUACUUCAAGAAAUACUUAAGGUAAAGAAUACGCAGAAGUUGUUGCUGUUUGCCGAUUGGCAUUUGGAACAAGCCUCUACAAGUGAACCAUAUACAGUCACGAUCAAAAAUGGCUGACCAAGAUGUUGGAGCUCAGAUUGAAGCACAGUUUUAUGACGCUGUAAGGAGACUACAAAGCAAACAGCUUUUUCAGUCUCCCUGGGAUAUUGCCACCUUUGCCAUUUUCCUUAUAUUUAUUGGUGUUGUGUUGCUUUUGGUUCUCCUGGUCAUUAUUCGCUGUUUCUGCGGCUGCUGCUGUUCUUCCCCCAAAAAGUCUUCAAAGCGCAAAGUGGGUGUUGACAACCUGGGACUAGAGCCUUAGCUCGAAUUGGAUGUUUGACCAGUGGCUGGAUCAUUUAACAACCUUCAUUGUAUCACACGUUCCUGGGCAAUACUUAGUAACUCGACUGGUAUCUUUUCUGAAUUGUAUCCAACAAUGAAUCUAUCGCUUUUCAGCAUUCUUGCUACAAACUGCUUUGGAUCCACACACUAUGAGCCAUCAGGCAGAUGACCAGCUGCAAAUUAUUGAACACCCUCUUAAUAAUCACAAUAUGAUCCCGAAAAUGGUUUGCUUGUUUGUUUAUGUUAAAGGAGAGCAGACAUGGAAUUGAGUUUGGGAAUUACAAAAUGACAAAUGGUAGAACAUCUCAAGAUCUAAAUCAGCACCUGGUAUAUCAUUUUCUUUCAGUGUGUUAACUACAAACACUAACUAAAUUAUUUUGGUGAAAUACUAAUUGAAAUUAGUGCAGUAAAAUCUAUUGAAUGGCUUAUUUUUAGAGUACAUUUUAUUUAAACUAAGUUGAUCCAUUUUCUGAAGUGCAACAAUCAAUAUCAGCAGUUAAUUUUGUCUGGGUAAUAACUUUGCCAAUAUUUUAAAUAAUGUACUAUUUAUUGCAGUUUAUUUCAAACCUUUUAGGGAAAUGAUUUUGGCAGUUUAAAAACCCAAAUUAUUACUUCCCAAUGAAAUUGCUUUUAAAAUGCAACUUUGUAAAUCUGAUGUAAUUACUGUCACUGAUUUACAUCUAUGCUUUUGAUUAAUAAAUGAAAGGUUUUAACAUCAGCCUGUC